CUCAGUGCUAGGUGCUAUUUACUAUGACUCAGAUGUAGCGCUUUUACCCGGUUAGAGUAGAGUAGUGUUCUGUUUAUGAAACCAAAGAAUUUUAAUUAAAAUCUCACGGAAUAAUUUGAUGAUCAGAGCACCUUGUUAAACAUAGAAUAUAUUUCGUCGAACCUGUUUAAUUACACAAAAGCGGUGAAUGUCGGUGGUAUGAAGCGUAUGGAUAAUAAGGAUGACUACACAUUGUGACAAGUGUAUCCUCAUCUCACUUGUUGGAUUUAACAAUUUAGUGCAUCCCGGGGAUGAAAAUUAAUUCGCGUGUGUAACUGAAAAUGAUAGAAGGAUGGCUUACGUUAAUGUAGCUGAAUGGAAUCCUGAGCACGUAGCAGAUUGGCUACGGGGUCUGGAAGAUGAAAUCCAACCAUAUACUCAAUUUUUCAUCAAUAAUAAAGUUAAUGGCUGCCAGUUAUUAACAUUAGCUAGAGAUGAUCUUACUAAUUUAAACAUGACCAAAAUUGGUCACCAGGAAUUAGUACUUGAAGCAGUGGAAUUACUUAGACAAUUGCACUAUAAUCUGACAUCAGAGACUCUGCAAUCAUUAGCACUCAAACUGGGAUGCAAAGCUCAAAGCCUUUUUAAUGACCUAAAGCGUGUUUGUCAAGAUUAUGCAGAUACUGGAAAGAAACAGAGAGUGUCUGUUGAAACUUUAUCUGCUGUAUCGGACAUUAUUAAUCUAGUCAAGUCUCUGAUAUCAUGGUUAGACAGAUAUCCUUUUGUUGGGCAAGAAAGUUAUUCCGAUGUUCGAAAAACUAUCCUGAAGUUGAGCGUUGAGCUGGCAUCAACUGCUCAGCGGGACCAAUUUGCUGACAAUCCUCAUGGGACAAUUAAAGAAAUAUGUUUAAAACUUGCUGCACAGAGUGAUAAAGUUGUUCAGGAUUUCAAUGAUUCUUUAAUAAUUCAACCUGCUUCUCUGGAAGUUACUAAAAUAAAACGAAAGCCUGAUGAUGAUUUGGGUAUUCAUAUUAACUCACUCUAUAGUGGAAUACAUAUAAUAGAAAAUAUAAAAUUUCAGAGCCCUGCCUACAGAUCUGGCAAGGUUGAAGAGGGUGAUGAAAUUAUUCAAGUUAAUUACCAAACUGUUGUUGGUUGGCAAAUAAAAAAUAUUAUCUGUGCUAUGAAAGAACAUCCAACUGAAGUACAUCUAACUCUGAAAAAGCGACCACGGCAUCCAAAUGUUCUUGGCCAAGUUAUAACAUUAUGGCCAUAUAGAAUACCAUCCAAGAAAACUGCCUUUCGUAAACUCUACAAAUGGAAUAAGGGAAAAGACAUCCGUGAAUUAUGUCCUAGAUCUCCAGGAACUAGGGGUGAAGCUAAUAGUGUGUCUGAAGUUAAUGGUGGUUUAAUAUCAGAAAAAGAAAAAUUGUUUGCCGUAAACAAACCUAGAAAUCGCUUACGUCGUCGAGCAACAGUUACAGGAGUCUCGCCCACAGCAUUGCAGGCGCCUGUUAGCUUAGAAGAACUGAUAGGCAACAAUUCCAAACGCAAAGAAUUAGUUUUAAGGACAAUUUCGUAUGACCCAAAUAAAACAAUUGAUUUAGAAGAUGUGUUUAAAAGAGAUCCACAAAGUUCUGCUCAAGAUGACAAAGAUGAAACACAAAAAGCAGAAGAAAAGACUAACAGCAACUCCAGUAUUGAGAAUGAGGAUAAAUCCACAAAGAGUACAUUCCUGCGACCACCUCAAGAAAAAUUCAACACUGCUCAUUUGAAGCGUCAAGAAGCUUUGAAAAAUUCGGAAACUGUUGCCAGAGCAGCUGUUGCGGUGCCAAUGCCUCAGAAUAAUCCAGCUAAACCUCCUCUUCGAAUAACAGCUCCACCACAGAAUGCUUCCAAUGACGUCAGUUCAACACCUCCAGAAGCCCCUCCUUCUGGUAGUCAAAGUCCUAAACAAAAAUUAGCUGAAUGGGUUAAUAGACAAAAGAAAAAACCAGAGGCUGGACUGUUGCAACAUGCCUUGACGCUUUUCACUUCAGACUCUAGCUCGCAGCCUAGUACCUCUUCUGCACCAAAAGAGAGUGGGUCACCAAAGAGUCCAAAAUGCAGUUUGACUGGUUCACCAAAAGUGAAGAAAUCUUCUGGCACUAUGUUCCAAUUCCCUUUUAGAGAAGGCAGACCUUCUCUUUCUGAGUUACGCAGUCUGAAAAGAACAGCUAAUUCCAAAGUUUUCAGUGAGAGGGUUAACAGCAAUCAAUCAUCUGACAAGCCUCUCACUUCUCCCAAACAAAAUGCUUUGCAUAAAAGAGUUCAGAUGCCAUGUAAAAAACCAGGUGUAAGCAACAGCACUAAUCCUCCUAGGAAUCCAAAUCCGAAGCUGCCUGUAAUCAACGGAGAAACAUGUGCAUCUCAUUCCAGUUCAAAAAUCACUGAUAGUUACAUCCACCCUAAGUGUAUAAACUAUACAAAAAUUCCUCAGUAUCCAUGUGAAAUGCAUGAAAGUAAGAUUGUUUCAUUGAAGGCUAAAUCCAAUGCUACUAACCUUCAAUGCAAUAAACAGCACUUUCAACCAGCACCUCAACCUUCCAGAAAUAAUAUGCAUUAUCAGAGAGCUCGACAAAUGUCCAAAUUAGCCACCCAAGGAACUUCAACCAUGAUUAGAAAUCAGAAAUCUGGCUACCCAGCUGCAUUCUAUUCUCCUUCAGGUCGAUCAUUAAGUUUCAAUAACAUAGCAAUAUCUUCUGAGGACGAUAGUAGCUCUGAGGAAUAUGAAAUUUAUGAAGAAUUAAGCACUGUUUCUGCCCCUGAUUUCAGGCAACAAGAGCCUCCCCCUCCCAUUGGACCACCCCUCUUCCAAGGAAUGGAUCCUCACUUUACUCGGCAGUUGGCUGAGAUGUACAAUAUGUUAAGCCAAAGACAACAUUUCUUACAAAGCCAAGGAAAUGGAGCUUCUAAAGGACCAAUAAAUGCUGCAAAUUCAGCAGUUAUUGAUGAGCUUGCUUUACGAAUGUACCAUGCUCUUCAGAUGAAUCAUAUGCAGUCACAAAAUUCUUACCAAACUAGGAAUACUAAUUUCCAGCCCCCUGGAAGACUUCCACCAAAGACUGUUUCUAGUACUCAAAGGAAUGUACCUUUCAGAAGUUGCAAUUAUAACGUACAUAAUAAUUCGCAACAAGCAGGACCAUGCCAACAAAUUCCUCAUCCAAUUCAAAAUCUUCCAAAUUACAACCAUUCUGCAGAUCCCUAUGUUUUAACAAAGAAUGCUAUGAAUUCAGUUCAUGAGCAUCCAGUUGAUUUACCACCGUCUUCUAAUCAACCCUCCAGGAACAUUAAUGUUUUUAAAUCUGCUACUAGUCAAGAAAUUCAUAAUUUAUACACUUCUCAGUUGUCUAAUAAAAGCAGUGUGAGUUCACCACCUGAAAAUGAAAAAAAUUUAGGGUGUACUGAAGAAUUUUCUGAAAAAGAACAUAUGUAUGAAACUAUACCUUACCAGAAAAACCUAAUGAAGAACUUUGGUUCAAAUGAAGUGAUCCAUUUUGAUAAAUUGGAAGAACGUAAUUUUUUAUGUCCAGCUGAAAAAGAAUUUGAACAUGAUUUGCCUUGUAAAGAUGGGGAUCAUAAGAGUAAUAAUACUCCUGACUCUCUAAACCUUAUGAAUAGAAAUCCUUAUUUCCAAAAGGAAAAUUUAUUUUGUCCAAUAAAAGAAAACAAUCCUCUUAACACUAAUAAAGGCUUUGAUAAUUGUUCUGCAUUUAGGCAGGUUACAGUGAAUAAUAACAAAAAUGGUCUACAGAGUAAUGGUUAUAGUGAUAAGUACAUUGAGAAUUGCGGUGAUCAAAUAGAGGACAUUAGAAAAGUGUAUGGCAAAAAUGUAGAACCUGCAAUAUCUUCUCUGAUGAUUAACAUUCCCAAACCACCUAAGGAAUCAUAUUCUGCCAUAACAAAAAGCUCAUCUGCACAGACUGAUUCAGAUUUUUGCAUUCCUGCCAAUGAUGACCAAUCAGAAGAAGUUACUUCAACCAUGACAACCAAUAUCUGCUUAGCCAAUGAUGAUUCUUAUACCACUGCUCUUAAUUGUACUAAUAAUUCAAUCACAGAUAGCUUUGGCUAUAGUAGCAACAGUAGUUUGAAUAGCAGUUCAUCUGGAAGUACUAUAUCUUCUGCAGGUAGUUGCUAUUACUAUGUUGAAACUCAAAUAAAACCUCAGUUUACCAUGAAGUUUCCUGCAUCGGCAGUUGAAAUUACUGAUGAUGCACCUUUAAUAGAUCUAAGAUCUCCUACUUUGCCAACUAUGGGGAUUUCUAUGUUGGGAAAGAAACGAAGCACAAGUAGCAGUGGCAGUGAACAAGGUUCUAAUGCCCCAUCAAGGGCAAGUCCAAGCAUUCCUUUUGUACCAUCUGAUGUGAACAAACCUUCCAGAAUUGUGACAGAUGUUGAGCAUACUAUAUGAAAUUACAGUGUAUCAACCUUACAGCACAUUAAAAGAAUGAAUACCUGCACUUAAUUUAUAAUUGUUCUUUUUUUAAAUUUCUGUGAAAUAUUAGUAUUCUUUUUUAAUAAGCAGAUAAGAGCUGAAUAUGCUCUUUUAAAUGUAAGAACUAGUGCUGAAGAUUAUGUGACAAAUAUACAACAAUUCUUGUAAUAUAUUGUAAAUUUUAAAAGACUUGUUGAAAUUAUGUGUGAUUAUGUUAUAAAUUGUAUCAAUAAGUGUGAUAAAUGUUGAAACUUUUUUGUGGUAUUAAAGAUAAAAUUUUAAAAUUACACCUGUCAUUUUUAAGAUUUAGACUUGAUAGUUUAAUGUAAUGUAUAGAAUUUAAAUUAUAUAUUAUUAGACUUUUGAGUUACUGUUCCAUAGAAUGUAUUAUUUGUGGAUUAUAAUUAAGCUGAUUAUGUACCAUAUGAAAUACAAAGAAUGUCACGUUUUUUCCCCACUAUUCAAGUAAAAUUAUAAUUUUUAGAAAUAAAAAUGUUGUUCUUUAAUAUUUUCAGAAAAAUGCAUAAAGCCUGUUCUUAUAAAGGCAUAAAAAUUUAUAAAGUAGUUAAAAUUAUUUAUAAUUUAAAAUCAUUUAGUGCCUUUCAUAAAUUUUGUACAAUCAUGAAUUAAGCAUAUCAGAUAAAAUUUUAUUCAUAAUAAGUAUAUAUUGGCAAAUAUCAUGAAAUAUUUGUCUGUUAAUCUUAUAAAAAUGUGGAUUCAUCUUUUCUUAUUCUUCUUCCUUUGAUUUCUUGAAUGUGCUUACAUAGAUUAAGUGUUUUAAAAAUAUGAAAAGCUAGAAUAGCCAUGAAUUUACUGCCUUUUAUGUUGUUUUGGUUGUGAUAAAUAUAAAUAUCUUAACAUAUCAGUAGUUAUAAAAAGGGGUCUAUUUUGAUAAUUCUUGUAUUAGGUGUUUACACAAGGAGAAAUUGUAAAUAUUUUUUAUAAUUAAUUAGCUUCUCAUACAAUUUAAUAAUACUUUCUGAAAAUGUCAUGGGGGGAAGGAUGAUAUUGUCAUAUCAAUUGCAAUUUAAAAAAUUGACUAUUAUACGACAUAUCAAUAUACACUUAAUCCGUUGGUGCAAUAACAAUACAGUGAAAGCUCUAUAAUUUUUAAUAAUUUUUAAAAUAUGCUGAAAAGCUUGUUAUAGUAGUUGGAUAUUGCAUAAUCCCAUCAUGUGACUAUUAUUUUAAGGUGUUUUAUAAGGUGCAAGGUAAAUAGAUUCUUUAUGUAAAAUGGAAUAAAUUAUUCAGUUCAAUUGUAUGUUUUAUAUAGUGAUGAAAAAUAUAUAAUUCACAUUACAUGGUUCUUUUGAUUGAUACAUUAAUUCAUGCUAAUCUUUAAAUUAAAUUAUCACAAAAUCUUAGUUUGAACAUUAAUUUUUUUUUUUACUAAAAGUUAAAGAAAAAGAUUACUAAAUUUUGAAAAAUCCAACAAAACAUUGUUAUUUAAUAUAUUUUUUUAAUAAACAUAAUAAACUCUAUAAUUAAAAUAAAAAAAUGUAGUCACUGGUUAAUUUAAUGAAAUAGCAAUUUAAGUAAAUUAUGAUUUACAGUAAAAUAUAAGAAGAUGAAUUAAAAAAAAAUUGUAGUGUAAGAAAAUUUAAAACAUAUUAAAAAUCAUUAUAUUGUCAGAUUAUAAUUUGAGAUCAGAGUCGUAAAAUGCUGAAUGGUAGAUUUUCAGCUAUACGAUCUCUUAAUCAUAAGAUAUAAUUUCACUACCAAAGAUAUAUCUAGUUGCUGAUAUAAAUAUUGUUUUAACUACUUUUGAAAUCAAAUUAUCUAAUAUAAUUCUAGAUUAAUAAUUUUAAAAAAGGGCAAUAUCAGUAUCCUAAAGCAAAACUUUAAGAAUAAGUUAGAAGUUUCAGUAUCUCCAUAUUUUGAUUAUAGUAAAAUGAAUAGAUAUUUCGUAAUUUUAAUUUACAUCACUUUAAAACACAAGAUACUAACUACAGAGAAAAGUAUUAAUCAAAGUUUAUGAAAUGAACAAAAAAAGUUAAAGCAUUUAAUUAUCUAAUUGUUUUUUGUUUAAAAGGGGAAAAUAUUAAGAAAUAUAAAUAAUACAUUUUAUAAUAAAUAAAAAUUAGGAAGUGAAAUCCUGAGAAGCCAACUUUUCUCAAUCUUAAAUCUAGUAAAUGGAAAAAAAAAAAAAAAAAAAAUUAAGUCAGGUAGUGACUUCUAAUUUUGCACAUCUUAUUGCUUUUGCUAAAGUUCAAAAUCAUUUGAUCCGUCCUUGACAACACAUAUACUACCUUCAAUCCAAUUCAAUAAAUAUAAUCUGACUAUAGCAAAUUCUUAUUAUGAAAUUUUAUUUGUCUAUAUCAAAAUGCUUUUUCAUAUUAUAUACUUCUUUCAGAGAGUUUUCACUGUAUUUUGAUAUUUAUUAUUGUAUCAUAAAAUUUUAAAUAGCAAAACUACUGAAAACAUAUCAUAAUGUGCAUAAUUUGUAAGACAUAUAUAUUAGGGUAUUUAUAUGCUGUCUAUAAUCCUUUAAGAGUGCUCAAAUAAAAUCUUGUUUAAAUGAGAGAUAUGAGUGUAUAUAUAUAUAUGUAUUGUUUUAGUAUUUUUGUAUAUAGUCGUUUUCAUCAUUCAGAAGGUGCUCAAUUUUAAAAAUCUUCAAACAAAAAUAUUUUUUUUUUUUAAAUCAUAUAGUAAAUGAUAAAUGAACAAUAGAAAAAUUCCUAUCGAACAAAUGAAAGUUGUGACAACCAUAUUGGGUUACUAAAAUUAUAUAAAUUUUUUAAAAAUAUUUUGAAAUAUAUAUUGUUGGCAUUAGAGAUACAAUAUAUUAAAAUAGCAAAUAAACAGUUAGCCUUUUGAAAAUAGUUUUAACUCUGUGUUCAUACAAUUUUUAAAUUAGUUCAUAAAAAUUUCUGGAUAUACAUCUAUAACUGUAUUUUUAUAUAUUUAUUGUCAAAUUUAUUUUUUAUAAAGGGAUAUUAUUUUGAAUUAAUCUUUGAAUUAGAAAUUGCAUAGUAAAUUGGUAUUUCUAUAGUUAUUCAAGAUCAGAUGUAGUAUAAUAUCUUCUUGGUGAUAUUUGCUUUUUUCCAAUUGGUAGUUGAAUAUCUUUUCAUACCAUCAAAUAAAAUAUUAGUAAAACAGAUUACACUGCAUCUGUUCUUAAGAUGUAUUAUAAUUUCAGUGAAAAUAUUAGUGCCAAAGAUUACUAAUGAAAAUCACUCAUUAAAAAUGCAGAAUCUAUUUCCUUAUUUUUAAUUAUAAAUUUAACACCUUAUCUGUGUAAUUUUUUUGUGUGUCUAAUUAUGUGAAACUUUCUGUUCUAGAAAUGUAUUGUCAUUUUGAUUCAAAUGCCUAUUGAACAUCGAGAUGUUUAAAGAGUAUUUAAGGUCAUUUUUGUAUUGGGUUAUAAGAUUUAAUUUUAGAUUAUAACUUUAAAAUUUUGAUAAUUUGAUGCACAAACUAUAUUUGGAUAACACACUUAAGGGGUUAAAUUUAAUAAUUUGAACACAUGAGUUUGUGUCCCGUUGUGAAAAUUAUAUCUGCUUUGAUAAUUAGCUUAGAAAUUUUUCAAAUCAUUAUUACAUUAACACUGAUUACAUUGGCUAAUAUUCUAUGUGUUAUAUAAAUACCUUAAUGUUUCACAUUUCUAUUCACUUGUAAAUAUUAGUAGUUAAAAAAGUAAUGUUUAAUUUGUUUUGUGAAAUAUUUUUUUCUUUUCUUUUUUUAAUUGAGUAAGCUUUUAAAUUAGUAUCAACCAAGAUAGUUAUAUAUUGGAAUUUCCUUGCUUCUUCAUAGAAUUUCUAAUAGUAUAUAGUUUAUUAACUGAAAGCAUGCAAAUAAAUUAUUAAUUUACUUUUUUAAGAAAAUAAAAUUAGUUAUGAAGAGCGUCCUUUUCUCAUCAGUAUUAGUGCAAAUCCUUUAUGUAAUUUACAAACCAAUUUUGUUAACAUGAAAUGAAUUGUUAUGCUAACAUUCAUAUAUUUGUAUAAUAGGAAGAGUAUUGUGAUUUAGAACAUUUCAAUUAUAUGUAUAUAUAUGGUGUAGUUCUUGAUUUACAAUGUUUAUAAAGUUAAGAAAGAUUUAAAUAUGAACAGCUGAAUGAAUUAUUGUAUGCUUAUAUGUAAAAUAUAUUAAAAUUGUUGUCUUAGAUACACAUAAAUGAUUGUAACUUCAAAUGUAAAUUGUUGAGACUACUAUAAAAUAUCUAAUGCAGUUAAUUUAACUAUGUUAGAUAAAUGUACUUUUUGUCAGUAUUCCAAUAUUUUCUGUUAUCAGAUUUAUUGUGUCAUUUUUUUUUACUUGAAUCUCUAUGUAUAUUGCUGUUAGUGUAGUCAAAGCCAUUUAUAAUUAUCUUCUUUCCUGUUGCAAUCAUGAAAAUAUAUACUUGUUACAUGUUUUUACUUGUAAAAUAUAUUGUAUUUUAUGAAUUAUCUGUAUUUAAAUAUAUAUAUAUAUAUAUACAUCUCUACUGUUCUUAAUGUAAAUAAAGUAUA